UUUCAAUAAUAUCUUUAAAUUGAGCUCAUAUAAUGUUAAUGAAAUUACACGUACCUUUAAAUAUACUGUAAAUAUACUGAACUAAUAAUGGACAUUUUCGUCUUUCCGCAGGGUAAUUUUUUAACGUUCACUAGUGUUGCGGCUAGCUAAUGUUAACGGUUGCUAACUACCAUUUACAUUUAGCUGGAUGUGUGAAGCACUGCGGUUAACGUGAUGUCAUUUAACAAAUGUUUUUUGUUUUAUCAAGUUAACUUAAGCUGUUAAAGACUUAACUGUAUAGGAUUAAGUGUUGUAGCGAUCAAACACUAACAUACAGCCUAUUUACUUUACUAGUUUUGCAGUAAGGCCAUUCUUGUUAUGAGAUGUGUUGUUUUGCGAGUGCUUAUUGUUGUUUAAAAACGUUUUUCUGUUUUCUUUUGGCGGCUAUUCGCUUUUAUGUAUCCCAUUUCUCAGCACACAUCGAAAGACUACCUACUAGAAGCGGUGGAAAGACCUAGAAAAACCACGAGGGGGAAAGUGGAAGUGAAGAAGUCAUAAUGGAAACUGAGGCAAAACCAAAAGAAGCUGAAUCACUAGGUGAAGAUGUUGAAAAAGGUGGUGCAGAAGCGACGUCUCACACAGAUGCAGGAAACUCCACAACUCAGGACUCUAAUAUUAGCAAUGGGGAUGAUACAGAGGACAAGGAAACAGUGGACUUGAAGAUCAUUUGGAACAAAAAUAAAUAUGAUCUGAAAAUUCCUGUUGAUAGCACCGGAGCCAAACUAAAAGAGAGCAUUCACUCACUCACUGGUCUUCCACCGGCAAUGCAAAAAGUGAUGUAUAAAGGAUUGCUUCCAGAGGACAAGACGCUACGUGAAAUAAAGAUUACAAAUGGUGCAAAAAUAAUGGUAGUAGGAUCUACAAUAAAUGAUGUAUUAGCUGUAAAUACACCCAAAGAAGUCAUCCAGCAGGAAGUUAAAGCUGAAGAAAACAAGAAGGAGCCUUUAUGCAGGCAAAAGCAACAUAGGAAAGUUUUGGACAAAGGUAAACCUGAUGACAUCAUGCCAGCUAUUAAAGGAACAAAGGAACGAUUACCAACAGUGCCUUUAUCCGGAAUGUAUAACAAAUCCGGAGGAAAAGUUAGACUCACAUUCAAGCUGGAGCAAGAUCAGUUGUGGAUUGGAACAAAAGAGAGGACGGAGAAAGUCCCAAUGGGCUCCAUUAAAAACAUAGUGUCUGAACCCAUUGAAGGCCAUGAGGACUAUCACAUGAUGGCUUUUCAGCUGGGUCCAACGGAAGCUUCGCAGUAUUGGGUCUACUGGGUGCCUGCACAGUUUGUCGAUGCAAUCAAAGACACAGUCCUUGGAAAAUGGCAGUAUUUCUAAUGUGCCUCUUUUUUGACAAUGAUGAACUGGGAUUGAGAGGAGAUGAUAACAUGAAACUGGAGUCAGCAGUGUCAGCAGUUUAAGGAACCUCUUGGAGUGUAUUCCAAGGACACUGACGGAUGCCUGUGGACUAAUCAUAUUCUUUUUAGGUUUAAAGUGCACUAUGUGGCAGCAUAACAUUUCUCAGCCCUGUUGAUCAUUCAAGGUUUUCAGCAAAUCCAAGGGAAAACAAUUACAAAAAAAAAUGUACAGAAAUUGCUAACACUUUUCUUCAGUUAUUCUUAAAGAAAUAAAAAAAAAUAUUUAAUGAA